AAGCCAAUCGGUGUUUUCCAUGUCGGCAACGUGAACUGAUGAUAGAUAAUGAAAAUGAGAACACAGCACACAUUUUUCAUUAUAUUGGCACAGUUAUUUUGUUCCAGUAUCAUAAAUGCAACUAUUGGUAGACCAAGGGGUGUCUCUAUUUCAAUGGCUUCUUUGUAUCAGCCAGCAGAAGAUGGUACCUUUACCUGUCUAGAUGGUUCAUCCAAAAUUCCGUAUGAGUAUGUUAACGAUGAUUACUGUGAUUGUAAUGAUGGAACAGAUGAACCAGGUACUUCUGCUUGCCCUAAUGGUAAAUUCCAUUGUACCAAUGCUGGAUAUGUCCCAUCAAAUAUCUUAUCAUCUAGAGUAAAUGAUGGAGUUUGUGAUUGUUGUGAUGGUACAGAUGAAGAUGCUGGCAGAAUUGAAUGUGUCAAUAACUGCAAGGACCUUGGAAAGAAAUUGAGAGAAGAACAGGAUAGAACCAGAAAACUUCAACAGGAAGGGUUCGAGAAACAGAAAACUUUCUCUGAAGAAGGCAAGCGUGUUCAUGAGGAGAAGAUUAGUAGACAAGCAGAACUUGAAAAAGAAAGAGAAACUUUAGAAGUUACAGUUAAAGAAUUAGAAACUGCCAAAUUAGAAGCUGAAAGUCCAGAAACAGAAGCUAAAGACAAACACCAAAAAGCUUGGGAUGAAUUGAAAGCUGAAAGACAAGCAAAGAAAGAAGUUGAAGCAGCCUCAGUGGCUUUUAAAGAAUUAGACACUAAUGGUGAUAACAGUAUUGAAUUGCUGGAAAUCAUAGCCCACAUUGAGUUUGAUAUAGAUUCUAAUGGUGUUGUGUCUGAAGAAGAGGCAAAGGAACAUUUAGAGGAUAAGGAAAGAGUUGAUUAUGACACAUUUGUCAAAGAUAUUUGGCCUCAUGUAAAGGACAUUUAUAAGAAACCAUCAACAGAGGAACCUCCACCAGAGGUAGAUCCAUCAACUGAGGCCAGAGGUGAGGAGGCUCAAACAGAACAGAUAGAGCCUCCUGCCCCUGGGGAACCACCAUCCCCCCCAGAUGAGGUGGAAGAGGAGGGGGAAUAUGAUGAUGAUGAGGAUGAAGAUGAUGACAAUGAUGUAGAUGAACCAGAUGUCAAUGAUCAAACAGUACCAACUGUUCCCAUUACUGGUGUUCCUACCCCAGGCAGAAUGGCAGGGGAACCAGAAUUGAUUAUUGAUAAGCCUAGCGAGGAGAAGGAUGAAGAAAGUAUGCCAGAAUAUGAUGAAGAAACAAAGAAACUUAUAGAAGCUGCUGAUGAAGCUAGAAAGAACUAUGAUGAAGCCAACAGUAAAUUAAAAGAACUAGAUAAUGAACUCUCAUCUAUAAAAUCUUAUUUAGAACAAGAUUAUGGACCAAAUAGAGAAUAUGCAAUUUUACAAGAUCAGUGUUUUGAAUAUACAGAUAGAGAAUAUACAUAUAAAUACUGUCCAUUUUCAAAGGGAUCACAGCGACCUAAAAGUGGUGGACAUGAAACUAGUUUAGGGAAUUGGGGAAAUUGGGCUGGCCCCGAAAAUGAUAAAUAUUCUGUUCAGUUAUAUGAGAAGGGACAGAACUGCUGGAAUGGUCCAGAUAGAUCUGUUAAGGUACAUUUAAAAUGUGGUUUGGAACACAGACUGUUAAGUUCCAGUGAACCCAGUAGAUGUGAAUAUGCUUUUGAAUUUGAAACACCAUGUAGAUGUUCACAGCCUGCAGGAGGAACAACUCAAGCCCAUGAUGAACUCUAAUCUGCAAUAUUUUCACUUUGUUUAUAUUGGGUUUUUUUCCUUGUAUUUGAAUUUUGUAUUUUUGAUAAUGUUAUUUGUUUUUUAUAAGUUACUUUUAUCAUGGUUUAUUUUAACUUCAAGAAAUGAAAUAAUUGCAACUUAAAGUUUUAUUAAUCAAAAUUAAUUGCAAGAAAAACGAAAAAAUAUAUUGAAAUUUCAAUCUACUUAAAUUUUGCACAAAACUAUUGUGAGUAAAUGCCAUUUAUUACUGUAAAUUCAGAAAUUAUUGCGUGCAUUUAUUAUUGCGAUUUUGUCAUUUUAGACUAUAAUGCGAUUUUAAUUUUUGCGAUAUUGAGAAAUAAUAAAAACAUCGCAAUAAUUUCUGAAUUUACAGUAAAUACUUCUAUUUUUUUAUUUUAUCAUAGUGUUUGUAGAAAUUUUGUAGUGAAGGUGUCAUUUCUGAUUGUUAAAAUAACUGUCUCAAGUACUUUAGAUCUUAAAUUUCCUAACAGUAAUACAUACAUCUUGAUUAUUCCUUUGAAUAUAUGCAUACAUAUAUAUUUCCUUGCAUGGUUCCUUUUUCUUAUGUUAAUAAAACCUGAGAAAAUACAAGUUGAAAUAUAACUGGAUUAACAUUACAUAUUCUAAACAGUAAUUAACAUUCAUUUGUUAAAGAAAAAAAAGCACAAAUGUCAGUUUUAUUUCUUUGAAUAAAAAAACCUUUCAUCUGA